CGCUGUGUGGCGGUGGAGCUGCAUGAGGGAGAAGCGCUCACAUGUAGCUCAGUCAGUUUAACGUAGAGUUGAAUUCAGAGCCAAACGCUAGGAUUCACAGUGUCGAGAGGACAACAUGUCCUCAAAGAAAAGCAAAGCGAAAGGGAGGAAGACACAGGACGGAGAAAAAAGCGACCUCAGUAAAGAGAAGUCAGGAGACGGAGACGGUUUAGAGGCAGACUGUGUCUCUGUGACUGAGUUCAUAGAGAAAGCUGAAGAGAAGGCUCCAAAACGAUGCAGGCCCUAUCUGGCCCAGCUGAGUUUAAACACAAUGAAGAGUGUGAACGCCUGCAUCGGACGACCUGUCCUCAUCACCAGCAUGACAGGACAGCAGGAGGUGUGUGUGGCAUGGCCUGCAGCUCAGUUCCCCGGGAGGAGAGUGGGCCUGAUGCCUGACACUCAGAGCAGCCUGAGGGUGAAGAGCGGAGCCACAGUUAAACUACAGCCUGUCACGGGGGCCAUCCUGCAGGCAGAGGAGCUCCAGCUUUCCCUGGGAAAGGAAGAUGAGACUCUCAGUACAGAAGAGUUCAGCAGCUUCCUCUUACGAUCAUUAGAUGGCAGAAUUCUUCUUCCUGGCAGUUCUCUCUCCGUGUCUUACUUUGGACGUAAGUGUCAUAUCAGAGUGGACUCUGUGAAGGGUGUAGACGGGGUCACCCUCUUGCCUCUCUCCCCUCUUUCUGACCCCUGCCAGCCGUCUGUGCUGGACACCACUCCUCUGGAUCUGUCUCUGCAGCUGGGUCAGUUGACCCUAAACCACUUGUCGCCCAGUCCAUUGGCCAGCACACCGAGCCGACCUCUUGACUCUUCGUCUCUGACUUCUCACCCUCCAACUACUCCUUUUAAACUGAACGAGACGUCUCUUAGUGUCCGGUCACUGCCAGACAGCCCCUUGCCCUCCAUGCCAGAUCAAUCUGUGGGAGUAGAGAAGAGCGAGAUGGAGAUCCAGCUGCUCUCUAAUUCUAGUGUGUUGGAUCUGCCGCCCUCUGCUGUCCGUUCUGGAAGUGACAAUUUUUAUGCUGUCUGCUGCUCUACCAGGCUGAGUUUCAGCCACACGCAGGCUCAGGCAACCGAGGAUGAGGGUCAGGAGCGGGCAAAGGUCACAUACAGUAUGAUAGGAGGAUUGAGCGCUCAGCUCCAGGUGAUCAGGGAGACGAUCGAGCUGCCAUUGAGACACCCGGAGAUCUUCCAAAAGUACGGAAUCCCGCCCCCUAGAGGAGUGCUGCUGUAUGGUCCUCCCGGCACAGGCAAGACCAUGAUCGGACGUGCAGUGGCCAAUGAGGUGGGAGCGCACAUGACCGUAAUCAACGGGCCAGAGAUUAUGAGCAAGUUUUAUGGUGAGACUGAGGCCCGUCUCCGCCAGAUAUUUGCAGAGGCCUCAAAGAGGCAGCCUGCCAUCAUCUUUAUCGACGAACUGGAUGCUCUGUGCCCGAAGAGAGAGGAAGCCCAAAACGAGGUGGAGAAACGGGUCGUCGCUUCUCUCCUCACGCUAAUGGACGGCAUCGGAUCUGAAGGUCAUAGCGGUCAGCUGUUGGUUCUUGGGGCGACCAACAGGCCUCACGCGCUGGACCCGGCCUUGCGGCGUCCAGGGCGUUUUGAUAAGGAGCUGGAGGUGGCCGUUCCUGGAGCAGAGGGCCGGAUGGAUAUCCUGCAGAAGCAGCUGCGUUCUGUCCCUUGCGAGGUCAGCACAGAGGAACUACAGGAACUAGCCGACGCGGCGCAUGGAUAUGUAGGAGCUGACCUCGCUGCUGUCUGCAAGGAGGCUGGGCUUCAUGCAUUGAGGAGAGUUUUGGGCUCUGUCCCAACCCUCACCGACCCUGAGGUGAUGGACAAAGUGAAGGUCACAACCUCUGACCUCAGACUAGCCAUGACGCACGUUAAACCUAGCGCCAUGAGAGAAGUCGCUAUUGAUGUGCCAAAGGUGCGUUGGAGUGACGUUGGUGGCAUGGAUGAUGUAAAGCUGAAGCUGAAACAGGCUGUUGAGUGGCCCCUGAAGCACCCAGAAGCUUUCACUCGGCUGGGCAUUGCACCCCCUAAAGGAGUCCUGCUGUAUGGCCCUCCCGGCUGCUCCAAAACCAUGAUUGCCAAAGCACUCGCGAACGAGAGCCAGCUCAACUUCCUCGCCAUUAAGGGUCCUGAGUUACUGAGUAAAUAUGUGGGAGAGUCUGAGCGAGCCGUUCGGGAGGUUUUCCGGAAAGCGAGGGCAGUGGCUCCUUCCAUUGUGUUCUUUGAUGAGAUUGAUGCUCUGGCUGUAGAGAGGAGCAGCUCGUCCCGAUCCAGUGGUGUAGGUGACCGUGUGUUAGCCCAGUUGCUAACGGAGAUGGAUGGAAUUGAGCAGCUCAAAGACGUCACUGUUCUUGCUGCAACCAACAGGCCGGACAUGAUCGACAAGCCAGCUCUUCCAGUUCAGCAGGAUUGUAGUGGUUGAAGCUCAAGAAAUGACUCAGGAAAAGGAGAAACCGCAAAAUGUGCGAGACCUACACCAGUUUAGUGUGGUUCUAGUCCAAAAUCCCCUCGAGAAGAUCCAUAAACCUCAUAAACCGCCAGAGGAAGAGCAUUAUUUCUGCAGAAGCCGCCAGAACAGGAAGCUCUCAACACUCACAGCGAGAAUUCUUUUUAUUGUUCUGUUUGUGCAUGAAGAUUGGCGUUAAUAGUGCGGUCAGGGAAAGAAAGGAAUGUCCAUUGCAUUCCCUUGCUAAAGACAAACUUACGCAAUAAUAAUUUUGAGACGUUAAUUAAAAAGAAUUUACUUUGUAAUGCUUUCAUGUGGAAUUUUUGGUUUGUUUGAGUGUCUCAAGGGUUUGCAGUGGAAAACCUAAGAUCAUUUGUUUAUGUCUCAAGGUCUCUGAUGAAGCAGCAUGGCAUCUCUUAAUGCUAACGCUAUUAUCACUAUUCAAAAGGAAACAAACCCAGAAAAAUUGCGACAGUAGGUAAAAUGCAAAUAAAACAGAAAACAGUGAUUUGUAAAUCUACUUAAACUUUCGUUUAGAUGAAAAUUGUGUAAAGACGGUGUUUAUUGUUUUAUUUUUUACCUUUUUGAAUAGUUUUUUUCUAAGUUUACUCGCUUUCUGAAACUGAGGUGUGUAACACAUUACAAAGUUGGGAUAGGGCUGUUUAAGACUUGGAGCAAUCAUUCCUGGGUGAUGAAAGGAGCAUGAAGAUAAUAGUUUAGAAAACCCUUCUCAAUAAACACUGUCAAACUUUACUAUGCAAAGCAGAAGCCGCCAACUUCUCUGGGCUAAAGCUCAUCUGAGAUGGACUGACGCGAGUGGAAACGUGUGCUCUGGUCUGACAAGCCCACCUUUCAAAUUUAACUUGGAAAUGCGUGCCGUGUUAUCCAGGCCAAAGAGGAAAAAGAUCAUCCUGAUUAUUACCACAUAUACAUAUGUAUUUUGAAGCAACAUAUGCUGCCAUCUAAACAACGUCUUUUUCAAGGACAUCCUUGCUUGUUUCAAGACGAUGCUGAGCCACAGGUUGCAAGUUACAACAGUGUGGCUUUGUAGUGAGAAUGUGCAGGUGCUGGAGUGUCCUGUCUGCAGUCCAGAACUGUUUCCCACGGAAAACCUGGCUCAUUAUGAAGUGAACCAUAUGACAAUGGAGACACAUUGGAGACACAAUACACAUUCACAACUACAAUUGAUGUCCUCAGUUCCCAAACAAAUACUGAACAUUAUUAAAAGGAAAGGUGAUGUAAUA